GACGUUCCUGACAUUCAUCCGCAACGAAAUAAAGGUCGGCUGACUUCAGGUCGACGCUAUCUCUGGAGUUUAUAUCUCUUCUGGCCUUGUAACUGAUGAUCCGACGAGGCUACCAACACCAUCCAUCGCUCUAUUUUGAGGAUGGAAACAUCGUCUUCUCUGCUUUGACGAAGAAUGACGAGGUUCGACACUACUUCCGAGUGCAUAAGGCGAUUUUGGCGCGAUAUUCGCCCGUUUUCAAUGACAUGUUUGCGAUCCCUCCGUUGAGGGAGGGAGAGACGGACGAAGCGAAAGAGUCGUAUGAUGGAGUCGUUCAUGUGCAGACGCCUGAUACAGCUGAAGAUGUGGCUAGCUUUUUAGGUGUAUUGUACGAUCCUCUCGGAGCCGCAUACAAGCGGUUUAACCCUAAUACGCCCGUUCUCGUGGAGGGUGCUUUGAAGCUCUCCAUAAAGUACGAGUGUGACACUCUCAGGGGACGCAUCGUCGAGAAUCUGGAAGCCGAUUGGCCCCAGACCCUGGCACAAUGGGAUGCGCGUCGUUCAGAGACAAUCAUGGCACGAUCGGAGCACGCUCAACAAGCGUCGGGCAAAGUGAAUGGCCUGUUCCUCGAUGACCGACUCCCGGAACCCGCGUCUGCCAUACGCAUUGCUUCUGACUAUAACAUUCCUAGCAUCCUUCCGGCAGCAUUCUACGACCUUGCGCUGUUGAACACCGAUGCCGAUUGGGAUACCUAUAGGGCUAAUCCAUCGGGAGAGGGGAAGCAUCUGCGGUUCGGAGCAAGAACUGCGAGAUGGCACCUUUUGGAUAAGAGGGAUCUUAUGCGUCUUGUGCAUGGUCAGAAACUGCUCGCCGCAUACACUCGUGCUAUUGGAACGGAUGUCUUCGGCUCACGCUGUCCAAGGCUCACCAAAGGCUGUUCAAAGGCGAGGAGUGAUUGUUGGAAAUAUUUUCAAGAGAACGCACCAAUAUCCAUGGAUGACCCUCUGGAUGUUCUGAAUGAUUGUAUGAAAUUGGACAGCUUGUUUACCGAGUUGCCUUGUCCUACUUGUCUCUCAGAUAUCUCAACUAUGGCGGAGAAGAAGAGAAGGGAACUUUGGCGCAGCCUCCCUGCUUUCUUCAAUUUGAAUUCCCGUUGAUUGUACGUUGUAUUCAGACUAGAAAUCCGGUUAUUCACGUCUUGAGCCUUUCUAUGUAAAUUAGCGGAAUACUUUGUGGUACCUAUGGCACUCUGUCCGCGACGCCAUUCCAAUCCAAACUUUACAUCAUCCG